UCAUCUAGUCAUAUCACGACUUCAGUUUCUAGUCUGAAGGUAUAAGCCAAUCAGAUUCAAGAGCUCGUUGAACGGUAAUAAUACCGAAUGCACGCAUUGCCUAGCAACCACUUGUCAUUACAUUGACGUGCAAUUCUAAGUAUCGCCGCGAAAAUAUACGCAUUGACAGUUGGAGAUGACUUAAAAGAAGUUGUCACGAUGACGGACGAGGUACGACUGGAAGUGAUAAAGAAGACGCAGGAUGUACUCGGAAAAUAUUUUAAGAAACCACCGUUAACCGAGAAAUUACUCCGCAAACCGCCGUUUCGCUUUCUUCACGACAUUAUAUCGACUAUUAUAGGACAGACUGGUUUCUUGGAGGGUCUAUUUACCGAGGAAGAAUUGAAUUCUGAUAAUAUAAAAGACAAGGAAGCAAAGCUUGCUUUCUUGACAAAACUCAUUGAUGUUGUGAAGUUAAUUUCGGGCGCAAAUUUAACAGUCAGGGCUAGUAAGAUUAUCUCCGGUCAAGAGCCGACGAAGACAAAUGAAUUACUACAAGCAAUCGGGAAAGCUCUCGACAAAAAGGUCAGCAGUACAGAGGCAGUUGAACACUACAAGAAGAAGACUUUGGAGAAGAAAGGGAAAGCAGGGAAGUCCACGACCAAGGAAGAAACUCGGAAGAAACCUGCAGCGAGACAGCCUUUGCAAACAAGACAGUUGUCGGAAAAGAACAAGAUUUCGGCGGAGCAAAAGAAGAGGUCUUCCAGCACAGGGAGAACAUCGGGCGAAGCAAAACGCAUCAACGACAAGACCGACGAAAAAGUGACGAGGGAAAGAAAGGAGAAAAGUUCCAAGGAUGUUGAACCGGCAGAUAUCCCGAUAGCUGAGCCAGUUGAAGAAAAAAUUUCCGCUUCAGCGCAAAGGGGAAGGUCCUCCUCGUCCGCCAAAAGGAAACAGAAUGUCACAUCAGCAUCAGCGGAUGCGAUCGAGCCGACGCAACACAGAAGCUCCUCAAGCCGAGUAAGACACUCCGCGCAAGCAAGCGGUUCGCGAGAGAAGGUGGGAAAUUUGCCCGCAGAGCUUCUCGGUGAAGAACAAGACAAGUCAUUGACGAGCAACCACAUCAAGGAAAAUAAGGAGAAUGGGACACUGGAAGAAGAAGGUGACAAAGUGUUGCAGCAAAACAUUGAGAAAAACGAUCGCUCGGUGUCGGAGUUUGCGGGAGCUCAAGUUGAAGCUAUUGAAACGACCGUUCUGCAGCAAUUGAACACGAGGCCCAAGACUUCCCUGAGACCGCCCAGUGCGAGACCUAUCAGUGCCAGGCCGGCGGCACCCAGGAUGAGGACGAAAGCGGAAUUGAUCGUCACCGAGGAAAUACAAACACCACUGGGCAACAUCAGCGUCAUCGUGGAAAGUUCCGACUUAAAAGACGACGACGACGCCGAAGACAUGGUGGUGAUGGAAACCAAGGGAGGUAACGGCGAUUUCCUGGAGAACGGAGAUUACAAGAUAGACAAUCAAUUGAUGCAAGAGCACGGGCAUCUCGUGGCGCAAAUCUUAGAGACUCAAAGAGAAUUAGUCAAUACCGACAACGUGGAUGUGAUGCCGAAGAAAGUGGACAUCGCUUGGGAGUCAGGCUCGAAACGUGAUCGUGAGGCCGCUGUCAGGGAGAUUGAUAAAUUAAGAGGAACUAUACAGACUCUGACGCGUACAACAAAUCCUCUGGGGAAACUGUUGGAUUACGUACAAGAAGAUGUAGAAAUGAUGGAAAAGGAAUUGUUGGAUUGGAAAAGCCAAUACCGUCAACUGAGUGAACAACUAGAGAGAGAACAGAAAGAAACGCAAGAGAUAAUAGAGCCUAUGAAAGAAACGUUGAAAGAAAUUGACGGUAACAUGAAAACUCAGUUAGAUAAAAUAUGUCAGGUGAAGUCGCAAAUUAUGAAAAAUGAUCAGAAAAUUCAGCGAUUACUUAAUGGUCAUUUGUAAUACGUAGGCCAGUAGCUAGAUUUUAGGUUGUAUUUUUAUAGGCCC